CACGUGACCUGUUCUGAUUGGUUGUUGCUCAUUGAAUGACUGAGAGAGCAACUCAACACACCUGAGAACACUUAGUGUUUUUAUUCUGAGGAGAGAAGACGUCAAGAGUGGUGAUGGGUCAGGGACGCUCGUCCUCCAGUCCUCAGGUGCUCCUCAUUGGUCUGGACUCUGCAGGGAAGUCAACUCUUUUGGCUUAUCUUCUGACAGGACAGGUGAUGGAAACGACUCCGACCAUUGGCUUUAAUGUGGGGACGUUGGAUCUGGAUAAGAAGACGUCUCUCACAUUGUGGGACAUUGGAGGACAGAAAAGCAUGAGACCAAACUGGAGGUUGUACCUGGACAGUUGUAAGGCUGUGGUCUUCGUGGUGGACAGUUCUGACAUGACUUGUCUCCUCCUCAGGUUGUACCUGGACAGUUGUAAGGCUGUGGUCUUUGUGGUGGACAGUUCUGACUCGUCUCGUCUUCCUGAGGCUCAGAAGGUUCUGAAGAAAGUUCUCAGUGAUGAUAGACUGAGAGGAGUUCCUCUAAUGGUUCUGGCCAAUAAGAAGGACCUGCCUAACUCCAUGACCAUACGAGAGAUCUCGUGUCAGCUGUCUCUCCCCUCGCUGACAGACAGGUUGUGGGAGAUCCAGGCGUGCAGCGCUAAACGAGGUCUUGGUCUUCAGCAGGCGUUUGUUUCUGUUCACAGACUCAUCAAGAAGAGCUGAACACACAUUAUUAUUAUUAUUAUUAUUAU